UAUAUCUUCUUCAAUAUCCAUCUGAAUCUCUUAUUAACAAUGGCAAUGGUUACUCUCUCCUUCAACUGUAACCCUUUCAAAAACAAACAACAAAACUCUGAUCACCUUCUCUCUUGUAGAUCCAUCAGCUCAAAGACCACAAUUAUAAGAAGCUCUGUGUCUUUUAGGAGUCCUGCUCCUCCUGGCCCUGGAGAAGAUAAGAAAGAAAAAGCAGAAGAUGAGGAAAACAAAGGGGUUGAGAAGAAGAUGAAGAAGAAAGGGUUGAGUUUAGCACAGCAUGUCAUAUAUGGAGAAGUUGAGAAGCUUGGAAAGGGUUUGAAGGAGUGUUUGAGGCCAAAACAAAAGGGAGACUGGAAGGACUUGUUUCUCAUGAGUUUCUCUUUUGCUGUUUAUGUCUAUAUUUCUCAGAAGAUAGUUUGUGCUUAUUGUGCUUGGACGGCCAUGCACUAGCUUUUCUUUUUCUCUUGUUUUUUUUUUAUUGUUAAUAUGUACAUCAGUUUGAGUUUUUUUUUUAAA